UCUCAGCGGGAAAAGUAGAGGGCUGUUCUGGAGCAUGCGCAAAGCACACUGAAGAACCCUGUUUCUGCUGUCACAACGUUGAGGGGUAAAGCGACUGCGAGUGGGUUUUUCGGAGGCAUUUGGUGAAGCUGAACUAGAGCGUGAUUGGAAUGGCCUGUCGGAGACUGUGUCCCUGCUAGGGUGCCCUGGGUGGGAGAAAAUACCAAACGGUGAGUCAAAUCAAUUCUGUCUGUAACGAUGCAGGCAGAGGAUAAGAAGGACAAGAAGAAGAAAGCAAGUCUAAAUUCGAGAGGUGUAACAGAUGAAUACUGUUUGAGAGAGCGACCAAAAGAGGAUCCUGCAAAGAUGAAGAAUAAGGUGUCCUCUUCACAAGUGAGCGGUAAGAAGAGGCCGUGGUCAUGGGACCUGUACCUGGCGGAGGAGGUGGCCAUCGCCGCCCCUCUACGUCUCUUCACUGAGAACCAGUCGUUCCCCCACGGCAGGAAUGGCUUUAAGGUGGGGAUGAGGCUGGAGGGUAUUGACCCGCUGCACCCCUCCAUGUUCUGUGUGCUGUCUGUGGCCGAGGUGAUUGGCCAUCGUUUGCGUCUGCACAUAGAUGGCUACUCAGAGUGCUAUGACUUCUGGCUCAAUGCAGAUUCUCCUGACAUCAGACCUGCUGGUUGGUGUGAAGAAACUGCUCACAAACUCCAUCCCCUAAAAGGUUACAAAGCGAAUGAGUUUAACUGGGAGAAGUACCUAGAGGCCUGUAAUGCUCAGACUGCACCAAAGAACCUGUUCAAAGCCCAAAACAGUACCACGACCCCCUCGAAAUUUCAAGUUGGCAUGAAGCUGGAGGCAGUGGACAGGAAGAAUCCCUGUUUGGUGUGCGUGGCAUCGGUGGCCGACGUCGCCGACAAUCGCUUUCUGGUUCACUUCGACAACUGGGAUGAUACAUACGACUAUUGGUGUGAUGCCAGCAGCCCCUACAUUCACCCAGUGGGAUGGUGUCAGGACCAUGGUCGCCCUCUCACAGCACCUCAGGGACACCCCAAUCCAGAGCAUUUCCUUUGGGAGGAGUACUUAGAAGACAAUGGCGCCUCUGCAGUUCAAAGCCAGGCCUUUUGUAUGAGACCUCCUCACAACUUUCAGGUGAACAUGAAGCUGGAGGCGGUGGACAGGAGGAACCCCAUGCAGAUCCGAGUGUCCACCAUCGUCGACACGGAGGACUACCGGGUCAAGAUCCAUUUCGAUGGCUGGCACGAGAAGUUUGAUUUCUGGGUGGACUCUGACCUGCCUGACCUGCAUCCCAUCGGAUGGUGCGCCCGCACAGGUCACCCUCUGGAGCCGCCUCUGACACAAACAGGAAUUUCUGACCUCAAGAGCUCCGUCACCCAGGGAGUGUGUCCCACCCCAGGAUGCCGGGGUGUGGGCCACAUCAAAGGCGCGAAAUACACAGGACACCACAGUGCCUUCGGCUGUCCCUACUCGGACAUCAAUGUGAAGAAAGAGGUGGUGCUGCCAGACCGGCUGGGCGGCGAGAAGCAGAUCACCUUCGUCCCGGUGCACUUCGUGCAGAAGACCAAGCGGCUGUGCGCUGAGGAGGAGGAGGAGGAGGAGGAGGAGGACAACGAUGACAAGGAGGAAGAUGGAGGCCAGAUGGAGACCAGGGCCAUGCUGUCAGGUUAUGAGGGGGCCAGUCGUCUGAGAGGCCGCUACUCCUCCAGCCCCCGCCCGGCCGCCCAUGCUCUGGUGAAGAGCGAGCAGAGAGACGACCCCUCGGCUCAGGGACACAAGCUGCUCUCACCCCUGGGCAAGAGAUGCCGGGUGCCCAGCAGGCUUGCCCAGUCGACGAAAUAUCUCCGAAUCAAAGAGGAGGAGGAGGAGGUCGAGCUGAACAGCGUGAUCACAGGGGAGCGUAAUGCAGACAGUCUGCAGCAGGCCCUCCACCAGUCUGUCUUCCUCUCUGCGAUGUCGGCCCACCCCAGCAGGGACCUGCCGCUGUGCUGGGAGCAGCACUGUAAGCUCCUCCCCGGGGUGGCGGGCGUGCAGGCCAGCCUCGUGGCCCACUGGACCGUAGACGAGGUGGCCGACUUCAUCCACUCUCUACCAGGCUGCGUCGAACAGGCCAAGCAGUUCAGAGAAGAGCAAAUCGAUGGCAGAGCCUUCCUGCUCCUGACCCAGAGGGACAUCGUGAAGAUCAUGAGCGUGAAGCUUGGCCCGGCCCUCAAGAUCUACAACUCCAUCCUGAUGUUUAAGCACGUCGAGGACGACCAGUCAACCAGCAGCGACCCCAACAUCACAUGAAGUUCCCCCCCAAGGAUAGGAGAAAAAACCAUCCCCUGCAAAAACAUACAAAAAAAGCCUAGCUAGUUAUAGUACCCGCCCCCCCCCCCCC